CGACCGCCUGGGGCUCGGAUCACCCGUGCCUGUGAGCGCUGCCGCUCCCGCAAAGUCCGCUGCGAUGGCCAGACUCCUUGCGCCGGCUGCCGACCGCGACAUUUCCCCUGUAUCUACCGAUCAGCCACGAGACCGAGUCGGGAACGAGGAAGAAAGUUGCGGAACAGUCGAUCCGCCAUCUCCGCGGCGGAAGAUGGCUCGCCAACCCGUUUGAUCGUGCCCACCACCACCUCCGCCUCCGCCGGAAUUCGCGCUGCCGCCCGACCCAACACCAUCGACAUCACUCCCCAGCGAUUUCCCAAUGACCCCGUUCAAUUCAAGCGACAUCGUGAGUUGCGCGCGGGGAUUGGCGUCUCUAAUGUCGACACCGGCUCGUUUCAGUUCUACGGCCCCUCCUCGCAUUUCUGUUUCAUCCAGCGUAUGUGCCAGCGCAUCGCGCAGUCCCCCAAUGAAACCAUCCUCACCCCGAGCGACACCGUGCCGGACGGCGUCCGCAAAUGGAACCUGGAGCGCUUUAUGUUCUGCGUGAACGGGUGUCAAGACCCAACCGGGCCACGUGCUGCCUAUAUCUCGCAGGAGCUAGGAAUUGGCCUCAUUGAUUCCUACUUCGAGAUUCUCCACCCGCAGAUCCCCAUACUCAACCACUCCGAGAUCGUCGACCAAUGGAGAUCCCUGUGGAAGCCCCCAGCGCAGCAGAAGCCCGACAGGCGAAACGAUAUUCUUUUCAUUGUUCUGGCUAUAGGCGCCCGUGUUACCAUCGCGGCCGGCCAACAGGAGACCUCGUUGCUAGAAGGAUGGGCGGAUCAUUUUGCCGCGCAGGCGAACCCGAGCACUGCCGUCUUGGAGGAUCCCAGUCUAUCUUCCACGCAACUUUUGCUUCUGAAAGCCAUGUAUGCCUAUCAGGUUAUGCGGCCCAACGACGCCUAUUUGUACCUCGGCUUCGCCGCUCGCAAUGCCAUGGUACUGGGACUUAAUCGGUUCCAGGUCAUGGAUGGGACCAAUGUGACUGUCCAUGCGCUCAAGCGCGCCUUCUGGACUGUCUACGCUCAUGAACGCAUGAACGCUCUCUACGCCGGUCGUCCUUCCGCCUUUCGUGAUGAGAUGAUCGAUGCUCCGUAUCCCGAAGACCUCCCCUUGACUGCCACGACCGAUGCAUCGACAGAGAGCAGCGACAACCACCACGGUCCUACUCGGCUUUGUGGCUUCAUCCGCGCCAUGGCCGGCAUCGGCCGCGUUGCUGACCUGGUAUUUGUCAAAAUCUACUCCCCCGCCAGCGUCGCCAGCAUGGCGCAGAUCGCACUGUUGCCAGCCGCGGUAGCCGGAAUAGACGGGCGGCUGGGCGCUGUCACGCGCGACCUGCCCCUGUACCUCCAAUUCUACGAUACGGCCUUACCAAUUGGCUCAGGCUGGCAAGAAGUGCAACGCUUGACGCUGGGCAGUAACUAUUAUCACACGCAGAUGUUGACGCAUCGGCCGGCCUUGCUUUUCCGAGCCUUUUUCGCCUCACUCGACGAGGCCCAGCGGCGUGUAGGCCAUGCCUUGGAGCUGGAGCAUUCCAUCCAGGAGACCUUGACCGCCGCGACGAACAUCAUCAACUUGACGCAUGACGUGUAUUUCCGGCGGUGCCCACGUGCGCGGUUCGAUGGGUCCUCGGCCACCAUCAUGGUCGCUGCCGCCGUCACUUUGCUGUAUGAUGUGCUAGAUCCAACGACGGGCGCGGAGCACGCACGCGAGGUAUUCGCUACGGUGGAGCGCGCCGUUGAGUGCCUGGAUCAGAUCGAGCAUGUUGGUCCCACUUCGGGUAAAGCUGUGAGUCUGGAUGUGAUGCGCAUUGCGAAGGAGGCAUUGCGGACGACGACGACGGAUGUCGGGGUCAACCAGGAUUUUAUCGGGACGUUCCCGUGGUUACAG